UCACAAACAGAGGCUGAUCUAGUCUGGAAACUUUUUCACAACUACAAUUCGGUAGCCCGGCCCGUAAUCAACAGACGCGGUCCAGUCGUCGUAUCAUUAGAUUACCAACUGUUCUCAAUGGCCUCAAUUGUUAGUCAUGAUUCCGUUAUGCACUGGAAUGACGAGAACUUGGCCUGGAACGAGAGUGAAUUCGACAACAUCUCAAGAAUUUCUGUCCCGGCCGUGAAUGUCUGGAUGCCUGAUGUUUCAAUAAAAAAUGGACCGGAACGAAUCAUCCACGUGUUGGACAACACCUCAAAUGAUAUGGUGACCAUAACAUCAGAUGGCGAAGUCUACUUCAACCUCCUGCGAGAAACAACCACCAUGUGUAAUCUCUCCAUGGCUUAUUUUCCAUUCGAUAAGCAGACGUGUGAAAUUAACAUGGAUAGCUUCACUUACACAACGAAACAGGUAGAACUGAAAUCGAAUGCGACGAAGAUAACUUUGAGCAACAGCAAACAGCACGGCCAGUGGCACAUUAUCGAUACGGAAGUCGAGACAAACAUUUUUUUUCAAAGAAACUACUCCGAAGUUUCGUUUAUACUUUACCUGAAAAGAGAUCCUCAAUUUUAUUUUACCUACCUCAUCUACCCAUGCAUAGUUUCAUCUCUGUCCGCUCUCAUGGUCUUUCUCAAUCCAUUUGACUCCAAGGAGAGCAUCAACUUCAGCAUCACCGUCUUGUUGUCUUUCCAUUUUUUCCUCACUACUAUUUUCAACGUCCUCCCCAAGUCUGAGACUCCGUAUCUCACCCUCUACGUAAUUUUCGUCAUGUUCCUGGCAUCUUUCUCCCUAAUCUCGACGAUACUCAUCUUAACGAUGCACUAU